GAACAAUCUUUCCCACGGCGCAUGUACAGCACCUAAGAAACUUUGAUAUAGGCUGAGGCUGUCUCAAAACACUAAGAAUCUAUCAAUUUCGAUAAGAAAGUACUUAGUAUAGCCGAGCCCGCCGUAAAAUGUAUGGAGAUUCGGGCAUCAAACUGGUUCAACACGCCAAGAGAACGCAGAAUCUGGCCCAUCUGCCUCCAUACCAGACUGAACUUGUUCGAGCAGUGACCAGAGAGGUCAGAGAUCUCAACAAGGAUGUCGACGAUCUUCUCGAGCCCUUCCAAGGCUCUUUCGACCCGUCAGAAGACCAGGCGGUUGCAUACACGUUGCUCGUGAAUCACAUCUCAAUGCGCAGAAACAAGCGAUGUUUACUGGCAUACCACAGAACUCGCACCGACAAAUUGGAAGAGCUCGUCUGGAACGGUGCUGAUGUGGUUGACUUGUCUGGUCAGCAAGUACGAGAUGGCUCAUCCAGGAACAGCACGGGAUUGACGAGCGGCGAUGGAUCUACUAGCAGUCUUAGUCCGCAAGAAGAGGACUAUGUUCGGCAGUACGGCGAUUUGCUGGCAGCAUACAAGGGCCAAUGGACGGACAUUGACCUCACUGGCAGCUUGGAGCCGCCGCGGGAUCUCUUCAUUGACGUUCGUGUUCUCAAAGAUGCGGGAGAAAUUCAGACAGAAUACGGGGCAAUUACUUUAACAAAGAACAGCCAGUUCUACGUCCGACAGGGAGACGUGGAGCGGCUUAUUGCCCAAGGAUAUCUGCAGAAGCUUAGCUGAGCAGAUUCAGUUGCAAGCGUGUUAUGGGUUAUACCGCCGCAAAGAAGAUAUAAACGAUUGAUGUGAAGAUGCAACUUAAAAACUUCGUUAUGUAGUUUGGAUCAUGGGGUUUACGAGCUAUCAAAAAAAAAAAGGACAGGCGCAACACAAGGUUUUAGGGAUUUCAUUUUGGGCUGAGGGAAAAUCGAAGAGUGCAACCACAGCAUGAUGGUAUUAAUUGCUAGAUUACGAGAAUAAUGAAUGAAUAAUUUCAGGUUUUUAGCUUGCU